GGCGAGUGAAGAGGACUGGUGUGUGAGGCUGACUGUCAUUUGAGCACUGUUACUUCACGGAUACUUUACGCACUGAGAACCAUGGCUGAAGCGGAUAUUGCACUGAUUGGUUUGGCUGUCAUGGGCCAAAACCUCAUCAUGAACAUGAACGACCAUGGCUUCGUGGUUUGCGCCUACAACCGAACCGUGUCCAAGGUGCACGACUUCCUGAACAAUGAGGCGAAGGGCUCCAAGGUUAUUGGAGCAGAGUCCCUGGAGGACAUGGUGUCCAAACUGAAGAAACCCAGGAGGAUCAUCCUGCUGGUCAAGGCCGGGCAGGCUGUGGACGACUUCAUCGACAAACUGGUUCCCCUUCUUGAUGCCGGGGAUAUCAUUAUCGAUGGUGGCAACUCUGAAUACAGAGACACAACACGGCGGUGUAAGAGUCUGAAAGAGAAAGGCUUGCUGUUUGUCGGCAGUGGAGUGAGCGGUGGAGAGGAAGGGGCGCGUUAUGGGCCCUCACUCAUGCCGGGAGGACAUGAGGAGGCCUGGCCGCACAUAAAAGACAUCUUCCAGAGCAUUGCUGCCAAGGUCGGAACAGGAGAGCCUUGUUGUGACUGGGUUGGAGAUGAGGGUGCAGGUCAUUUUGUGAAAAUGGUCCAUAAUGGCAUCGAGUACGGCGACAUGCAGCUGAUUUGUGAAGCCUAUCACCUGAUGAAGGAUGUCCUGGGCAUGGACCACGAUGAGAUGGCACAGGCUUUCGACAGCUGGAACAAGACAGAGUUGGACUCCUUCCUGAUCGAGAUCACGGCUAACAUCUUUAAAUACAGGGACUCUGAUGGUACACAUCUGCUGCCCAAGAUCCGCGACAGUGCUGGACAGAAAGGCACAGGGAAGUGGACGGCAAUUUCUGCCCUGGAGUACGGCACACCUGUGACUCUGAUCGGGGAGGCUGUCUUUGCCAGAUGUCUGUCCUCUCUGAAGGAUGAGAGAGUGGAGGCCAGCCGCAGCCUUUCAGGGCCGCAGGGGACCAAAUUCAGCGGUGACAGGACCACCUUCCUGGAGGAUAUCAGAAAGGCCCUCUAUGCCUCCAAGAUCAUCUCCUAUGCGCAGGGCUUCAUGCUGCUGAGGCAGGCAGCCAAAGAAUUUGGCUGGUCCCUCAACUACGGUGGAAUCGCUCUGAUGUGGAGAGGAGGCUGCAUCAUCCGAAGUGUCUUCCUGGGUAAAAUCAAAGAGGCGUUUGACAGGAACGCUGAGCUGCAGAACUUGCUGCUGGACGGUUUCUUCAGUGAUGCUGUGCAGGACUGUCAGGAGUCAUGGCGCAGAGCAAUCAGCACUGGAGUGCAGCACGGCAUCCCGAUGCCGUGUUUCACCACAGCUCUGUCGUUCUACGAUGGUUACAGACACGAAAAGCUGCCAGCUAACCUCCUCCAGGCCCAGAGAGAUUACUUUGGAGCUCACACAUACGAACUGCUGUCAAACCCCGGUCAUUUCAUCCACACCAACUGGACUGGCCAUGGUGGAAAUGUCUCCUCUUCAUCCUACAAUGCCUGAGGAUCAUCUUCAUGUUAUCUAAAAACACAAACGAGAUGAAAGAAUGAGGGGAAGUUAUCUGUGAGAGAGGAAGACAUGUUACACAUUCCAGCUUAAUAAUCAUGCCCAGAUAUUUAAGAUCCCCCCCCUCCAACAGUCAAAUUAAUCCAACUCUUUACUCUUCUUGAGUAGUGCAGUUUUAUUUAUCAGGAUGUGGAAUCAUAAAUUAUGUGUGUUGUAAUCUCUACACCCUGUGUGGUUUGGCGUAGCAACUUUUAUCACAGAGGGAGGAGCUACAACAUGUUGACUCCACCUAGAUACUACGGAUAUGAUGCUGGCUAUCAGGCCAAUGUUCACCAGUCAUGUUGGGCCCAGGGUUCAUGGGGUUAACACUGGAUUAAGCUGAACCGUUGCACUGUACUGUAUUAGGCUAAAUAAAGAUUUCAAUCCCUUUAUAA